GAGAAACACAAUGGACUGAGAUUAAGGUCACAAUAUGAAGGCUCUUAUCAGGCUUGUGAUCACGCUGGCCGUGACACUUCCUUCCGUGACACAAGCUGCUGGCGUGACACAAGCUGUUGGUGUGACGGUCCCAAUGUUUACUGUUACCAAAGCUGCAUUCCUAAAGUCCCACAACGACGUGCGGGCGGGUCUCAGACUCCCACUACUGAGAUGGAAUAAUACGCUUGCUGAGUUUGCUAGGGCCCACACAUCCAAGUGUGUGUACAAGCACAGUUCUGGGCCGUACGGGGAAAACAUCUACAAGUCAGAUCCACUAAACAGAAACACCACAGAUCUGGCAGUAAAAAGCACAGCCUCUUGGAGAAGUGAAUCGAAGAGAGUAGACUUUCCUACUUGGAGAUGUAUCUCAGCGACGCCUUCUUGCGGCCACUAUUCACAGAUGGUGUGGGGCAAGACGACCCAGAUCGGAUGUGCGAUCGCCCAGUGUGUGAGCGUGGCCGGGGUGUCACCAAACUUGGUCGUGUGUGAGUACAGUCCUGGUGGUAACGUUGUUGGGCAGAUACCUCAUUAACUGCUAUGAGACAGAGGUUGUAGACACGCCUCAGACAACAAA